GGACUGCUUUGCAUUGUUUUGCUACUAUCGUCCUCGCACGGUCCCUUUGCUGGAGAGCAGCGCGGCCAUCAUGAGGAGGGGUGUCGGCAAACUCUUGCUGCCUUUGCUUGUUGCCGGAGUCUACCACUUCUGCUUGUCGUUUUCCUUGCCCAGAAGUGCAGAACCCAGGCGGUCGAAGCAGCGGACACAUGCAAUGGCGCCGACAUUGGAAAGAGAGGUGCCCAUGGCUCCCUUGCCUUCCAAUCCUUCCGAUCCAUCCUUGUCACAAGAUGAUGAGAACCGGCUGCGGGUGAAUGCUGGCUUGCCGGGCCAGAAUGUUUAUGCCCUCACCACCGAAGCAGACCUGGCCGAGAUGUUGGAGCGCGUGUCCAAGGCUGGCCAGCUAUUGGUCGUGGACUACUAUGCACCUUGGUGCAGGGCAUGUCAGAAGCUGCUGCGCUACAUGCACAAGAUUGCCCGUGAGGAGAAAUUCCGCAACGUGGAAUUUGCAUCCGUGGACUUUGACCGCUCAGAUGAUCUUGUCAAGAGUAGAAGUGUGAAUUCGCCUCAAACUCUGAGUGCAAAGCUGCGCAAACCUGUUAUUGUUUGCACCAGCACUUGCUGGAAGAGUUCCCUAGACAUAAGUACAGUUGUUGGUGUAGCAACUGGUGAUGGUUUCACACUGCAUGGAUGUCAAGGCUUCCGACGAUGGAGAUCUACCGUGGCCAGGAAUUGAAGCAGCGCUGGAGCGGCGCCAAUACCAAAAGGUUUCUCGAACGCCUGGAGAAGGAAGUUGAGAUGCCAAAGGAAGCUAUCGCAAACUGAGGCCUCGGUUGGGCGAACCUGGAAUCAGCAAGCCUUUUGAUGUUGGAAGC